AACCUAUUGCCUCAUGUAUAGGGAGGGAAGUUGUGGGGUGGCCGGUUCACGGGGUCAGUGGACCCCGUCAUGGAACGCUUCAACCAGUCGCUGUCCUACGACCGCCGGAUGUGGCGCGCUGACGUCACUGGAAGUCAGGCGUACGCCAGGUGUAUCCAGGAGGCAGGUCUCAUCAGCCAGGACGAGUGUGAUUCUAUUGUCACCGGGUUAGAUAAGGUUGGUGCGGAAUGGGAAAGCGGCGUGUUCCAUGUAAUGCCAGGUGACGAGGACAUACACACCGCAAACGAACGGAGGCUAAAGGAGCUGAUCGGAGAGGCGGCGGACAAGUUGCACACCGGCCGCAGCCGAAACGACCAAGUGGCCACGGACAUGCGGCUGUGGAUGCGUGCCGCCCUUGCUACCCUUGGCGAACACCUUCGCAGCCUCAUCAGCGUCAUGGUCGACAGGGCCGCCAGUGAGAUUGAUGUACUGAUGCCGGGCUACACUCACCUCCAGCGCGCCCAGCCUAUCCGAUGGAGCCACUGGAUACUUAGUUAUUGCUGGAUGUUGCGGCGGGACCACGAACGUCUCCUGGAACAAGCUCGGCGUGUGGACGUCUGUCCCCUGGGCAGCGGCGCCCUCGCCGGAAACCCCUUCAAUAUCGACAGACAGGCGCUCGCCUCAGAUCUGGGAUUUUCCGGCAUCACAAACAACAGCCUUGACGCGGUCAGUGACAGAGACUUCGUAGCGGAGUUUCUGUCAUGGGGGAGCCUAUUGGCGGUGCACGUGAGCCGCUGGGCGGAGGACCUCAUCCUGUAUUCCACCAAGGAAUUCUCCUUCCUCCGCCUCUCAGACGCUUACAGUACCGGAAGUAGCCUGAUGCCACAGAAGAAGAACGCGGACAGUCUUGAGCUUGUCCGGGGCAAGUGCGGUCGCGUUAUCGGCAAGUCCUGCGGGUUUUUGACGACAUUGAAAGGCAUCCCCAGCACAUACAACAAGGACUUACAGGAGGACAAGGAGGCGAUGUUUGACGUGUAUGAUACGCUAGAGGGCGUCCUGCAGGUGGCCAAUGGCGUCAUGGCAACUCUAAAGGUAGACGCGGCCCAGAUGCGGGCGGCGCUGAGCCCGGACAUGCUGGCCACAGACCUCGCCUAUUACCUCGUCAGGAAGGGGGUUGCGUUCCGCACGGCGCACGGGCUGUCCGGGGGCUGCGUCGCUCUGGCGGAGCGGCAGGGCGUCCCCCUCGACCGCCUCACAGUCGAAGACUUUCGGUCUGUCAGCCCCGAGUUUGGGUCGGACGUACUGGACAUCUGGCACUACGAGCGGUCCGUUGACCAGUACAGCGUGGCCGGAGGUACUGGGAUGACCAGCGUACGGGCACAGCUAGACCAACUCCGGCAAUGGCUCCAGGCGUCCGGAAACUGAAGGAGACGCAGCCCGCACAAAGCUCUCUCUGACUGUCGGUUCGGAGCACUUUGUUGUGACAAUCAUUGUUGGAAGGCUAUACAUGUAUAUGAACCUGCUUUUGCUAUUGUUAUAGUAUAGUAUGCUACCGUUGACGUAUGCUACCGUUGACGUUUGCUACCAUUGACUCUACCGUUGACGUAUGCUAUCGUUAACGUAUGCUACCGUUGACCUUUGAUACCAUUGACGCUACCGUUGACGUUUGCUAUCGUUGAUGUUUGUUACCGUUGACGUAUGCUACCGUUGACGUUUGCUACCAUUGACGCUAACGUAUGCUCCCGUUGACAUAUGCUAUCGUUGACGUAUGCUUCCGUUUGCGUAUGCUACCGUUGACGUUUACUACCAUUGACGCUACCGUUGACGUAUGCUACCGUUGACGUUUGCUACCAUUGACGCUACCGUUGACGUUUGCUACCAUUGACGCUACCGUUAUCGUAUGUUACGGUUGACGUAGGCUACCGUUGACGUUUGCUACCGAUGACGUAUGCUACCGUUGACGUAUGCUACCGUAUUCUUAAACGUCUGUAUGUUCACACAUUAAAACCUUAAAGAGAAUAAAGACGCCUCUGUCUGCUGGUCCAUCCCACUUCUUUACCGCAAGAUAUAUAUUUUCCGUAGCAUUGGAUGUCCCCAAUAUAACUCGAGCUUACGAAACAACUUCAACCGUGACAUCAGGUCUUGGCCCGCCCCCUUACCAAGCCAACUUCAACCGUGACAUCAGGUCUUGGCCCGCCCCCUUACCAAGCCAACUUCAACCGUGACAUUAGGUCUUGGCGCCCCCCUAAUCAAACCAGCUUCAGCCGUCACAUCAGGUCUUGGCCCGCCCCUAACCAAUCCAACAUCAACCGUGACAUCAGGUCUUGGCCCGCCCCUGACUAAACCAACUUCAACCGGGACAUCAGGCCUUUGCCCGACCCUGACUUAACAAAUUUUAACCGUGACAUUAGGCCUUGGCCCGACCCCUAUCCAAGCCAACUUCAACCGUUACAUUAGGUCUUGGCCUGCCCCUAAACAAACCAACUUCAACCGUGACAUUAGGUCUUGGCCCGCCCCCUAAACAAACCAACUUCAACCGUGACAUUAGGUCUUGGCCCGCCCCCUAACCAAGCCAACUGCAACCGUGACUUCAGGACUUGGCCUGACCUCUAACCACAACCAAUUUUAACCGUGACAUUAGGUCUUGGCUCGCUCCCUAUCCAAAACCAACUUCAACCGUGAUCAGGUCCUGGCCCGCCCCUAAUCUACGCAAAAUGAACCGUAACAACAUGUCUAGAUACAAUUUGAUGAAGAAAGUGAUUUAGUUCAGCCCAAUUGUAGAACAAGAUUUAACAACAUUAUAUAAAUCACUUUCGUUGGCACGAUGUGACGCGAGAGUGUGGUUUCGUGGGGUAAACCGGAGUACCUGGAAAAAACCCCACUUGUCCGGCUUGGUGAUCACCAUCCAAACGCACUUGUGAUUUAAGACAGUGAUUUUUUUAAACGAUGUCUAAUUUAAUUAUUUUUCUCUAAGCGUGCGAACGUUGAGGGGUCAUCUCGGUGUAUAAUGGAAAUAAUAAACGAUAUGAAUCAACGGU